CAUGUCCUUUCCCCCAUCUCUGUCCUUGCCCCUGGUGAGGCCUCCUUUAUUCUGUGGUGUGGCUGGGUGCCAUCCCACACAGCGGGCCCUUCAGUCUUAAUUCUGUCAACGAGCCCUUGGACCCCUUCCUAUAUGUGUCAGUUACACAUUUCUAAUGAAGUCACCCUUUGCACCAAAUUGAACAUUCAGUUAACGAGAAAUUUCUCUGUUUUUAGGUUGUUGGCAUGAAGUGGAAGACGAGGAGGCCUGUUCCAAGCAGAAUGCUUCUGUAGAAGGGGUCUCCCAGGUCAGGAUCCCCAAUGCACAUCCUUCUACUGAGAAGACUGAUACCUGUGACAUGUGUGGCCCAUUUAUGAAAGACAUUUUGCACCUCGAUGAGCAUCAAGGAGCACAUCCUGAGGAGACCCCCUACAAGUGUGGAGCAUGUGCAAGGAGGUUUUGGUUCAAUGCAAACCUUCCCCAGCACCAGAAGGAGCACAGUGGAGAGAAGUCCUGCAGGUGGGACAAGGACAGGGAUUCAUUUGUGAAGAGCUCUGUAGUCUCCCUAUCAGAGAAACCCUUCACUUGCAGGGAAGGUUGGAAGGAUGUCUCAGACAGCCAUGACCUCCGCCAGCGCCCGGCCAUCAACAGCAGUGGGAAGUCACACAGGAGCACAGAGUGCAGGGAGGCCUUCCCACACAGUUCCAGCCUGGGGCAGUUCCCAGGAGUCCAUACCACAAAGAAGCUCCUCAACCACAUGAGAACUCACUCUGAAGUGACACCAUUUAGAUGUCCAACAGUUUUAAAUUCCUUAGAGGAGAAAUCAGCCCUUGUUAAUUACCAAAAAUUCCACACUGGAGAAACAUCUCAGGUGUGUAAAGAGUGUGGGAAGGCCUUUAGUUACCCACCUAAGCUGAGGGAGGACCAGAAAUUUCACACUGGAAUAAAACACUAUGAGUAUAGUGACUGUGGGAAAACCUUCGGCCGCAAACUCACACUUGUUCAUCACCAGGGAAUUCACACAGGAGAAAGGCCUCAUGAGUGCAGUGCAUGUGGGAAAGCCUUUAAUAACAGGUCACACCUCACUCAGCAUGAGAAAGUUCAUACUGGAGAACGGCCUUUUGAGUGCAGUGAGUGUGGAAAAGCUUUCAACAACAACUUUGACCUUGUUAAGCACCAGAGAGUUCACACUGGAGAGCGGCCUUUUGAAUGUAGUGAAUGUGGAAGAGACUUCAGGCAAAGCUCCCACCUCCUGCGACAUCAGAAGGUUCACACUGGAGAGUGGCCCUUUGGGUGCAUUGAGUGUGGGAAAACCUUUAGCACUAGCACCGCCCUCAUUCAGCACCAGAGAAUACACACCAGGCAAAGGCCAUAUGAGUGCAGCAAAUGUGGGAAAACCUUCAGCCGCAGUUCCAGCCUGGUUCAGCACCGGAGGAUUCACACUGGAGAAAGGCCUUUUGAGUGCAGUGAGUGUGGAAGAACUUUUAACAAAAACUCCAAUCUUGCUCAGCACCAGAGAGUUCACAGUGGAGCACGGCCUUUCAAAUGUAGUGAAUGUGGAAGAGCUUUUAACAAAAAUUCCAAUCUUGCUCAGCACCAGAGAGUUCACAGUGGAGAGCGGCCUUAUGAAUGUAGUGAAUGUGGAGUAGGCUUCAGCCGAAGAUCCCACCUCCUGCGACAUCAGAAAGUUCACACUGGAUAGCAGCCCUUUGGGUGCAGCAAAUGUGGGGAGGCCUUCAGCACUAGCACCAUCCUCACUCAGCACCAGAGAGUACAUACCGGGCAAAGGCCAUAUGAGUGCAGCAAAUGUAGGAAAACCUUCAGCCACAAUUCCAGCCUGGUUCAGCACUGCAGGGUUCACGCUGGAGAAAGGCCUUUUGAAUGCAGUGAGUGUGGAAGAGCUUUGAACAAAACCUCCAAUCUUGCUCAGCACCAGAGAGUUCACAGUGGAGAGCGGCCUUUCGAAUGUAGUGAAUGUGGAAAACACUUCAGGCAAAGCUCCCACCUCCUGCGACAUCAGAAAGUUCACACUGGAGAGCAGCCUUUUGAAUGUGGGAAAACCUUUAGCACUAGCACCGCCCUCACUCAGCACCAGAGAGUACACACUGGGCAAAGGCCAUACGAGUGCAGCAAAUGUAGGAAAGCCUUCAGCUGCAGCUCCAGCCUGGUUCAGCACUGCAGGAUUCACGCUGGAGAAAGGCCUUAUGACUGCAGUGAGUGUGGGAAGGCCUUUGCUCACAGUUCCAGCCUCAUUAAGCACUGGAGAAUUCACACAAAGGAAAGGCCGUAUAAGUGCAAUGAAUGUGGGAAAUUCUUUAGCCAAAACUCCAUCCUCGUUAAACAUCGGCAAGUUCACACUGGAGAAAGGCCUUAUGGGUGCAGUGAAUGUGGGAAGUUCUUUAGCCAAAAGUACAGCCUCAUUUAUCACUGGAGAGUUCACACUGGAGAAAGGCCUUUUGAGUGCAGUGAAUGCCUGAGAGCCUUCAGCACCAACUCUCACCUGGUUCGUCACCAGAGAGUGCACACACAAGAAAAGCCCUACGAGUGCAGUCAGUGUGGGAAAGCUUUUAGUGAAAAACCCACACUUGUUCAACACCAGCUAGUUCACACCAGAGAAAGGACUUACGAGUGUGGCCACUGUGGGAAAGUCUUCAGCCGCCUCUGCAGCCUUGCUCAGCAUAAAAGGAUUCAUACCUGAGAGGAGCCUUAUGGAUAUGGACUUUAUGGGUCCAACUUCAUGCAGCAGAACCACCACAGAGAAAUUACUUCAUGUACCACUGAUAUGGAGGAAACAUCAGGAGCUACUGUGCCCUUUCCGAGCAGCCUAGGAACCUGGACAGAGCUGUGUCCCCUGGAGCACAGUCCUCUUUCCAGCCUGCCUGGAUCCCAGUAUUUGCAGUGGUCAUCUGCAUACGCCCGGAGAAAACAUCUUCCUGGGCCUGCCUUCCCCUUCCCCAGAGCUAAUCGGGAGUCCCGGACCCAAUGGAAUGGCUUCAUUCCCAUUGCCUCUGAGAGGGUUCAGGAAGGAACUGGGCCGGUGCUGGGGGAGGGGCCUUGAGGGAUGUCCACUUGGGGCUCCUUGGGAAGAUGUAUGUUCCCCAAGGGUGGGUGGUAUUCCAUUGAAAAUUUUUCCACUAGUUCCAGUAUUGUUAUUCUGAUGUUAAUCUUCACAACUGCCACUAAUCUGUUUUAUUUUAUAAAACUGACAUUUUGUCUGGUCACCAUGAAAACUUAGCCCUUCAUAUACUAGAGUCGCAAAGAAUCACUUUGCUUCCUUAGGUGAUGUUGUGGACGAAUGUUUGCAUCUAUCCCCCAAAAUUCACAGGUUUAGGCCCAGCCCGCUCCGUGAUGGUAUUAGGAGGUGGGGCCUUUGAGAGGUAAACAGGGUUAGGGGAGGUCAGAGGCUGGAACCUGGUGAAGGGAUUACUGUCCUUAUUAGAAGGGAAGAGAUAUCAGAGCUUCCUCUCCAAACCCUGUGAGGACAGCAGAGUGAUGGCUGUCCGCAAGCAAGGAAGGGAGCGCGCAUCCACGAGCCUGGAUUGAAAUGGCCAGCACCUGGAUCUUGGACGUCCCAGCCUCUAGAAAUGUGGGAAAUUCCUGUUGUGUAAGGCACCCAAGCUGUGGUACUGCUACAGCAGCCAGAGCAGACUGCAAGAGUAGAGAGGAGGAAGGUCCCCCUCACGGGCAUCUACAGAGCAAAAUGAUGUCUGCCCUCAUGAACCAGUUCCGUCUUACAAGACAAGGUAUCAAACAACACUGAGUUUCAGCCCUGCCCCCUGCUUAAUUAAUACGGAGACGUGCCCAUUUACUCACAGCUGUCACCAAACUGAUUUACUGUGAGAAAAUAAAUUGACGCACGCCCUGCUGACAUGGGGUCCAGGCAUGUCACAUACCAGCGAAAAAAUAAGCGUUUUACCUCUGCAGAUGAACUAUAAAAGGCAAGAAACACUAUCAUUGUCAGUAUCAAUGAAGCCCUGAGCCCUUUUGGUAUACUGGUAUGUCUUUAACAGGCACAAAUGCAGCCCUGAUUUCAAACGCCCAGAUGUCCGUAAGGACAAAGGGGGUGGAGGGUUCGAAUCCAGCCUGACAUCGAGGCACGGGGGACACAGAAAGGGAGAGAAUGACUCUUACGGCAGUGAGUGCAGGGACUCAUGAGGAGAGGCCAUCUUGGCUCGGCUGUUGAAGGGGUGUCACUGGGAGAGGCAGAGAGGACCAGGGAGGGGCAGGCACCCAUGACAAGCUGAGGGAACCCC